UUAAUUGUUGGGAGUAUUUAUUGUUGAUUAUUUGGAGGCGAUUCGUUGCAUUACAUUGGGAAAUUGUUGGAGCCAGUUUUUUUUGCAGAUGUCGAUCCCCCAGAUGUGGCUAAUGAGACGAGGAUUCAGGGGAAUUUUCCAGAGUACUUCUAGAAUUUCCUCGGUCUCUCCCCAACGAUCAUUGAAGACUCAGCCAGACGUGGACCCUGAGGAUGACGAGUUAAAUCGACCGAUUACGUACUCUACAUCUCCAGCUGCUUCCUGGAGAGCAAGACAUAGCUUUCAGGGAGGAAAUCAGGAUGAUGUACCCUGGUUUCAACCGUAUGUGGUCAUGGCCAGUACUGCUGCAUUUCUCGUGUACUUCUUGUACUUGAGAAAACCUAACGACAUCGAUCAGAUCUUCGAUCGAGAGCUCGGGGAUUACUUCGACGUCAGCAACGACGACCUGAGGAAAAGACUCGGACAGAAUACAGUCAUUAGGAGAUAAUUCCCUUCCUGAUUUCCGAUUUUUCCUGAAUAAUAAUAGAAAUACCAGUAAUUGGGAUAAUUUUGGAAUGACCUUUUCUGUAGAUCUCCUUCUAGUCUAAAAAAAAUAUCCUGAGAACAAUUUUGCUGUCUCUGUUGAAUUCGGAGAUAUUACCCGAGAACUUGAAAUGUUUUGCAAAAACGACUUCGUUACUGAAAUGUAAAUAAGAAAUCUCUCAAUUGUAAUUAUUAUUAGAGGGGUGAAAUAAAUAGUUCGUUGGAGUGAAAAAUAA